UCACUCAAAGAUGGCGGCAGCUCUCGAGCCACCGCUCUCUCCGCCUGCGCUUUCGGGCUCGUCGUUGUCGUCGCGCGCGUCUCUUAUGCUUUUUGCCACGUCCUUCCCGGCGGCUCGAUCCCAGAUUCCGGGUCCAAGAGCAGCCGAAGCGCGUUUGCCGUGAAGGCGAUCGUCCAUCGCUACACCUGGGACCGAGAGCUCCGUUCUGAAUCUUCUAAACCCUACAGAGAACACGAGAACUGCUGGAUGAAACUCUUUCUCCUCCGGAUUGAUUCUUUUUUUUGUGUUCGUAUUUCCUUUUUUUUUUUUUUUUUUUUUUCUCCUUUUUUUUUUUUUUCUUCUCCACCUAUCAUCAUAAUUUUUACACUACGUUAUUUUCACACUACACUGGAUGACACUACAAACCGGGUCCAGAUUGAUUAAAUGAUCGUACGGGGGCUGGUGUGGAGUUUGCAGGUUUGAGUGGAGUUUUCACGGGAUUUCUGAAUUCCCUGGGAAUCUUUACGUGGAAAGAGAAGGCUUUCUGGGAUUUUUGGGAUCUACUUCUUCGGGGUGGGGUGGGGUCUCGGGGGGAGUUUAUGCUAUGGUGAUCAGCCUACUUUCUGAUUCUUUUCGCUGCGGCUUUGAGGGGUUCACCACACGGGACAAAGGAUAGUAAACUAGGGUGGAGGAAAGAAGAGGAAGAGGCGGCUCCAGGGCUGCCGAGGCCUCUGCGAGUGUGUGUGAGAGUGAGUGUGUGUGUGCGUGUUUUAGUGUGUGCCAGGCCCAAACGCAGCCAUGGUGAAGCUGGCGAACCCUCUGUACACGGCCUGGAUCCUGGAGGCCAUCAAGAAGGUGAAGAAGCAGAAGCAGCGUCCGUCGGAGGAGCGCAUCUGCAACGCCGUGUCCACGUCGCACGGCCUCGACCGCCAGACCGUUCUCGAGCAGCUCGAGCUCAGCGUUCAGGAUGGCACCGUCCUCAAGGUCUCCAACAAGGGCCUCAACUCCUACAAAGACCCCGAUAACCCCGGGCGCCUGGUCCCGCCCAAGCCCAAGGGCGGCGUCAGUACGGGAGGAAGCGGGGCUUCCAAGAAAGCGGCGCUGGACUGGAACAAGCUGAUCCGACGCGCCUUGGAGGGUCUGCACGAGUCCGGAGGGUCGUCUCUCAGGAGCAUCGAACGCUUCCUGAAGUGCCAGGCGGACGUAGCGAGCCAGCUAACGGGUACGGCGGCGCCCAGGAUCUUCCACCAGCAGCUCAGGCUCGCGCUGAAACGGGCCGUCGGGCACGGGCGUGUCCUUAAACACGGCCCGCUGUUCCGGCUCGCGAGCAGCAACGAUGGAAGCGACGCUGGUGACGGACGCGUAGCGCUGGAGUCUCUGCCUCCUGUACGCCCGCUGCCUCACGAGAAAGAUCGGCCCGUGGCCGAGCCCAUCCCCAUCUGCAGCUUCUGUUUGGGGACCAAGGAGCAGAAUCGGGUCAAAGAGCCGGAGGAGCUCAUCUCCUGCGCCGACUGCGGAAACAGCGGUCAUCCGUCCUGUCUGAAGUUCUCCCCGGAGCUGACGGCUCGAGUUAAAGCUCUGUGGUGGCAGUGCAUCGAGUGUAAAACCUGCAGCAGCUGUCAGGACCAGGGCAAAAACGCGGAAAAUCUGUUGUUGUGUGACUCCUGCGAUCGAGGUUUCCACAUGGAGUGUUGUGACCCCCCACUGACACGAAUGCCGAAAGGUAUGUGGAUCUGUCAGAUCUGCAGGCCGAGGAAAAAGGGACGAAACGUCUUGCACGAAAAAGCAGCACAAAUCAAGCGGCGGUACAACGCCCCCCUGAGUCGACAGAAGGGCAGACAUAUCAAUAGAUGUGAGAUUCUUCUGUGGAAAAAGCCGGGUCGCCCCUUUAAGAAACUUCGAGGGAGUGGGCGUGGCCGACGGCGGCGAGGCCCUGGAGCGAGUCACUCACGAGGCUCUGCCUCCCCUCACUCGUCCUCGAGUUCGUCGUGCGACGGUUACCUGGGUGAAGGUUACCCAGGCGACGACCGGCUGCUGUUCUCGCGGCGGGAUGACGAGGACGAGUCUCAGGGCGCGGCACGCUUCAACAGGAAGACCAAAGGGCUGAUCGACGCCCUGAGUAAGUUUUUCACUCCGUCACCGGACGGACGCAAAUCCCGCACCGAGUCGCUCGACUACGCAGAGCAGCACCGCAUCCGCAAGAAGAGCGGCCGGAAAUCAGACGCGCACCAGCGCGCAGGGGACAAUCAAGAUUGUAGCGAUGAUUGGAAGGAGGACGAGGAGAAGCUGCCGGGACACGAGAACCUGACGGAGAAGGACAUGGAACUUUUCAGACACAUCCAGGAGCUGGCACUACAGAAAGUCGGUGUGACGGGGCCUCCUGACCCACAGAUGCGCUGUCCCGCCGUCAUCGAGUUCGGGAAGUACGAGAUCCAGACGUGGUACUCGUCACCGUACCCUCAGGAGUACAGCAGACUUCCUAAGCUGUACCUGUGUGAGUUCUGCCUGCGCUACAUGAAGAGCCGCAGCAUCCUGUACCAGCACAUGCGCAAGUGCACGUGGUUUCACCCGCCCGCCAACGAGAUCUACAGGAAGGACGACGUCUCUGUGUUCGAGGUCGAUGGGAACGUCAGCACAAUAUACUGUCAAAACCUCUGUCUGCUCGCCAAGCUCUUUCUGGAUCACAAGACUCUGUACUACGACGUGGAACCGUUCCUUUUUUACGUGCUCACGCAGAACGACUCCAAGGGGUGUCAUCUGGUCGGAUACUUCUCCAAGGAGAAACAUUGCCAGCAAAAGUACAACGUGUCCUGCAUCAUGAUUCUUCCACAGUACCAGCGCAAGGGCUACGGACGCUUCCUCAUCGACUUCAGUUACCUGCUGUCUAAGCGGGAAGGCCAGCCCGGUUCUCCAGAGAAGCCUCUGUCCGAUCUGGGCCGCCUCUCCUACAUGGCUUACUGGCGGAGCGUCGUGCUCGAGUGCCUACACGAGGUACGAGACCGAAAGCUCACCAUCCGCCGCCUCAGCAAGAUCACCGGCAUCUGUCCUCAGGACAUCACGGCCACGCUGCAGAAUCUAAACAUGCUGGAGCACCGAGGGGAUCGGCUGAUUCUGGUUCGCAGGGAAAAGCUGGUGUCGACUCACAUGGCCCGUCUCCAUGCCCGACCUCGGCUCCUGGAAGUCGACCCGGACUGCCUACGGUGGACACCCGUCAUUGUCGCCAACCCAGUUGUGUCUGACGAAGAUGGGGAUGGAGAUGACGACGAGGACGAAGAAGAGGACGGAGAGAAAGAAAACAACAAAGACAUGAAAUCAAAUCGCAAAAGUUCCCCGCUGCCAUGGAAUACAAGAGUAGACAAGGAGGAUAACGAAGAAAAAAAGUGCUUCCCAACAUUCCCCAAGAAUCAAAGCUCUCUGCCUUCAUCCCCCAUACGCAACAGUCUCCCAAGCCCUGAAGCCACACCUCUUCAAGCAAAUGGGGAGCGUCGGGGUCGCGGACGGCCUCCUAAAAACUGGCCGUGGGGCAAAGUCAAGGAUCAACCUCGUCCCGGACCGGGACGGCCCCGGAAAACCAGGCCCAAAGAGGAUGAUGACGAAGAAUAUCCAUCUCAAAACAAAAUGACACCGGUAUCCUUGUCUCCAUCUCCUCUCUUCGCUUCUGAGAAGGAGCCGAACUGCACUGAGCGGCUAUUUGGGGCUUCAAGGCACUCUGCAAUCCCUCCCCCACGCAACAGAGGGCGCCCCGCACGGAAAAGGGGAGGCCCCAAGCGUAGGCUGAACGAGGAGUCGGGGGAUGACGUGCCCUCGUUAACCACGGCACCUAGGCUGAGCGAGUCGCCGGUCCCUCAUUCCUGCUCGAGUGAAAGCAGUGAGGAUGACGAUGAUGACGAUGACUACAAUGAAGAGAUGGGUACCCGCUCCCCUCCUAUUCUUACCAAGCCAACGUUAGGGCUCAAAAGCAAGAAGCUCCCACGGAAAAGGCGCAUACGUCAGCGUAGCCACCCACACAGCAGUGUGGUGACGGAAACCAUUUCUGAGACUACAGAAGUUCUCGAUGAGCCAUUUGUAGACUCGGAUUCCGAGAGACCCAUGCCCCGGUUAGAGGAGGAGACGCCGUUUGGCCAUAGCCUCCGCUGUUACCCACCUGCUCGCAAACACUUGGACUCUACGCUUAAAAUGAUUCGCCCUACCAAUCUCUCGGAGUCUGAUGAGGAUGAUCACACUCCUGUGCUGAAACCAGUCAGUGGCCUGAGAAGGCCAGAGACUGCGGCAUUAGAAGGAGAGGAGCCCUCUACUGUGACGCCGGAGGUCCCUUUGAAGAAGAAGAAAGGCUGGCCUAAGGGAAAGAGCCGUAAGCCGCAGCACUGGAAAAAGGGCCCUGGGAGAAAGCCGGGAAGUGGGACGACCAACCAGGUUGCCGACACCGGUUUGACAGCCCAGUCCUCGGAGGAAACUCCCAGACAAAGCGUUCAGAGCAAACCAGGCAGAAAGCGUCGGAAUUAUUACCCACAGCAGACCAAGGAUGAGGGUGCCCGAGCAGAGCUGGACAGAAGCCACUUGUCUCAAUUACAGUUAGAAAAGCCAGAGGACCGAACCUUCAAGAGGAGACCUCUGACGUCAGACUUCGACUGUGAAAAGCACAAGGACUCUGAGGAGGAAGGCAUUUUCCCUCAACAAACGAGAGAACAGCCUAAACCCAGGAGACGAGGCCGACCACCGAAAAAAGCAAACCUCGAGCCCCCUGUUUCCAAACCUGCACCCGUUUCUGAGCCGGAGGAGGAGGAGGAGGAGGAUCAAACAUGGUCUGAAGAGAAGCCAAGCCGUUCACCUUCUUGCAACUUAUCCCAGGUAUCCGGCCCCCGAGUCCCUCAGAACAGAGAUGGUGACAUGGCGGACCAAGAGGAGGAUGAGGAAAGAGAGGAUGAGGAUCAUAACAACUCGGGCAGCAGGAGGACAGGGGCUAUAUCUGGCUCAGGAAGCCGGCGAAGCGAUGAUCACGAUGCGGAUGAUGAAGGAGAUGGUCGCUUGGAGGAGAAAAGUGAUUCUGGCAAGAGGAGAAAAAACCAGGACUCCGAGGAUGAUGACGAUGAAGAGCUAGAAGAUGGGGAGGAGGAACCAUCAUCUCCUCCUCGAUCACCGCCUGUUAAAGAAGAACCGCAGAGUGGGGAAGGUUUUUUAGACAUGCAGGAGAGUGGGUCACGGGAGUACAUCCACAAGCAGGAAGUGGUGGAAGAUGAGGAUGAGGAAGACGAGGUCCGAGAGGUAAAGACCCGCUCGGUUGACUCCCAGGAUGAAAGGCGGCGACGGGAGCUGGAGGAAUCUGCAGCUGCAGCUGCUGCAGUUGAGACUGUGACCUCCAUUGCAAUUCCUUCUGAUUCACCACACAUGCAGUCAAUGGAUAGCAAAUCUGACCUGCUGAUGGAGACAGGACACCCUCAUGCAAACUCUGAAUUCAAGGACGAGUUGAGCCACCAUCCGCAUGACCACCACCACAGCAGUGAGUUGGACCUCGAGACAGUCCAGGCUGUCCAGUCCCUUACACAAGGAGAGGCCCAGGAUGAGGAAGCUGAGCCACACGGCGCUUACCAGGACUGCGAGGAGACACUAGCUGCCUGCCGAACCCUGCAGAACUAUAGCCAUGGGGAGGGAGAGGAGGAAUCUCUUGCCAUGGUGGAAGACUGUGGUGCCUCUCAACAUAGUAGCCCCAUGCCCAACCCUCCCAUGCCCCCUUUAGCCAGUCAAUCUGUACGUUCCGUCAACAGCCCAGGAAUGACUCCAGGACCUCUUGAAACGGGACCAGGUGUGUCUGGUCCAGCAGGUGGAAACGGUGGAGGCUACACCCAAAUAACUCCAGAGCACCCUAGCUCGCUUUCUGCACCAUCGUUGCAGAACAUGGAGACGUCACCCAUGAUGGACGUGCCGUCCGUGUCAGACCAUUCUCAACAGGUGGUGGACAGUGGUUUCAGUGACUUGGGCAGCAUCGAGAGUACCACAGAGAACUAUGACAACCCCAGUAGUUAUGACUCCACUAUGGGCGGAGGAGGUGGCAGUGGGGGGAACAGUGGAAGUGGAAGCAGCAUGUCUGUUACGGUGGCAGCUGUCUCGUCUGCAUCUUCUUCAUCGUCCACUCCAUCCUCUUCCUCACAAGGCAAUAGCUGUUCCUUUGUGUCCACCCCUGGUAUGUCGUCUUCCAGUGCUUCUGUGGGAUCUCAACUUGCUAUGGGCAGCUGCAGCUUGAUUCAGCAGGCUGGUCCUGGUCCAGGUCCAAAUGGUGGUCCUGGCUCGACUAGUGGUAGUACUGUCCCUCAACCACCACCUCCACCUCCUCCACCCUCAGCUAACACCCCAGGCUGUGGCAUCAAGUCCCCCCAAAGCUGUGUAAUUGAAAGGCCUCCAAGUGCAAGCCAGCAGCAGCAGCAAAAGAAGGUUCCUCAACAGCAGCAACCGCCAAACCCUCAGCCCCAGCCUGCACCUUCAGCACCCCCACCUCCUCCUCCUCAGCAGCAGGCGCUUUCCCAAUGCAGCAUGGGAAAUAGCUUCGCUUCCACGCCCAUGAUCAUGGAGAUUCCUGAGAGUGCAGGAAGUGGCGGAAGUGGUCGAAGCAUUUACGACCGAAUGGGCCAGGACUUUGGUGCAGGCAGCUAUGCUCAACCGUCAGCCACUUUCAGCUUGGCCAAACUCCAGCAGCUUACCAACACAAUCAUGGACCCUCACGCCAUGUCUUACUCUCACUCUGCUGCCGUCACGUCUUAUGCCACAAGCGCCACUUUGCCCAAUCCCAGCUUGGCGCAGCUUACUUCUUCCCCCCAUCCUCCUCUGCCUCAGGCUCAGGCAACCAUGACUCCACCUCCCAAUCUCAGCUCUAGCUCCAUGAACCUUGGCACUUCCUUAAUCCAGUGCAACAUGCCAGGAGCCAACAUCGGCCUACCUCCUCCACCCCACACCCAGCGCCUUCAGGGUCAAAUGGCCACUGUGAAAGGCCACAUCUCUAUUCGCUCCAAGGCUUCCCAAAUCCAGGCCGGUUCCCCACACCAGCAGCAGAUCUAUGGCCGAAGCUCAAUGCAAGGGUCCCCACGAACCCUGGCAGUGCAACGAGGCAUGAUGACGAACCUCAUGCCCACUCCGGCUGCUUACAACUCCAUGAACAUGAACCCGCUCAACGCAGCCAUGUCAGCCGGCUACCGCAUGCCCCAGCCCAUGAUGAACAGCGGGUACCACAGCAACUACAUGAACCAGCCUGCCCAGUACCCCAUGCAAAUGCAGAUGGGCAUGAUGGGCGGUCAGGCCUAUCCACAGCAGCCUAUGCAGCCCAAUCACCAUGGCAACAUGAUGUACGCCGGUCCCUCGCACCACAGCUACGCCGGUGUCCCCAAACAGUCGCCUUACAUGAGCAGAUGAGCAAGGGAGUAGAUAUGCAGAGACAAACAAGAGAGUAAAGACAAAGACAUUCAACCCCUUCCAGAAACAGACUCGCGCAAAUACUAUGUGUCGUUACCGGAGUGCACAUACUUUCCCUGAGAUCUGGAAAACAGCGUUAGCGUGGCGGAACAGGACGGUGCCGCAACUGGAGAGGUGGUUUUACUUUACAUGUCUUUUACUCGUACGUUACGGUGGAGAAGUUUUCGCUCGUUUUCGCCCUACCGAAGCUGUGCAGCCGUAAUCGAGCCGAUCAGGGUAACGACGUGAGGUGUGAACAAAAAUGUCCGCAUCAUGCAAAAUCGGGCACUCCUUUCCUUCCCCUGGUGUUCAUUGGUUAACGCAGGGGUGAAGAAGAAGAAGAAGAAACAAAGCAGCUGCAAGAUAUAAAUAAAUAAAGAAUUGAGGAACAAACAUCUGACGUUCUUAAUGGACGCAACCUGGGUCAUGCACAGUCUUUGGAAUUGACAUAGGAAGCCUUACGUAAAAAAAAAAAAAGGAAAAAAUAACAGUUGUAGAUGAACUUGGCUCUUAUUAUUAUUAUUAUUAUUAUUAUUAUUAUUAUUAUUAUUACCACCACAUUUUUUUUUCCUUUUUUUUUUUUUUUUUUUUAAAGAUUUAUUUUGGGAUGACCGUUAAAAUGCUUGUGUUUUCAGUCCAGCCUCAUGCUUAGUUUAAAUGUACAAGUGUGUGUGUGUGUGUGGGGGGGGGGUUAUACAGGGGGGGGGGGCCGUGGGGGAGGUGAUCCACACAUUUUUGCUCUUACAAACAUUCACAUGCACACAAUUGGACACAAACACUCGCACACACGUUUCGUUAGCCACUUCAGAGUCAAGGUGGAGGCACUUCAGCGUGUGUGACACAGAGCUACUAUGGAGACACCGUAAGACGUAUCUAGUAAUCCGUGUCUUCCCAGUUCUCAGUAUAGGACCGCAUGUAUUAAGAUUCAGAGGGACUGAGAGACUCUAUGUAGAUGUCCAAAAGUAGCAAGAAAGUACCGGUAGCCUGAAUGGGACAAGAGCUCCUGUGAACCUUCUAGAUGUAAAUAUUCUGGUACUUCCUGAUUCACAGCACAGGCUCCAGAGCUGCAAGGCCAGCGAGCGCCCCCUCUGGUCGCAUAAAUACACUCCACUCAGUCCACUAGAGGGCACUCUAAUCAAGGGAGAGUUGAUUAUUAUUAUUAUUAUUAUUAUUAUUAUUAUUAUUAUUAUUCCCCCCCUCCCUUUUUUAACUUCAUACUGCACAGUAUACCACAGGAGCGGACAGGUUUUUUAAAAACCACACUAAUACCGAUGACACUCUGUGUAUACGCGUCGACUCCUACUGACACAUGACCAGUCACGGACCUUCAAAGCUUCAGCUGGUAAUACAGUUCUGUUAGCAUUUAGUAAUGAAGGGCAGGUGGACAGUAAUUCGCAUUGGCGUGAAACACAAACCAAGACACGCACUAACAUCUUGGUUAAAGUGCAUGUCGUACAGGGACGGAUACCAGUAUAGGACAAGGGGCAAAGAAACUCCUUCGUAUGUCCAGUAUUCAAUGUCAAUAUGAGGAUUCUUAAAAGAGCUGAUGUUUUCGUAUAUUAUUUGUGUGUAUUUGUUUUUCGUUUUGUUUGUUUUUUUUAAUUUUUUUGUUCUUUUUGUUUAAAUUUUUUUCUGAAUUUUAUCAGACUGGGCAGCUUUCUUUUAUGACACAAGCUGACUCUUUUUGACUUUAGUAAACUUAUUGUAGAGAAAAUGUUUUUUCUAUAAUAUAAAAACGAAAAAAUUGACAUGGAUAUUGGUACUGUCAUUUUUCACUUCUGUUUCAGGAACAACAAAAAAAAUAUCCUACAUAUUUUUUAGCUCAACUUGGGGUAAUAUUAUUAAGAAAUUCAAAACAAAAAAAAUUGCAGCUCACUUCUAGUGAAUACGAUGCCUUUAACCUUUCCAUUCCAUCUCAUCUCUAGAGUUUUCUAUCUUUGUGUAGUAUAUUAAUGCUAUUUUAAAACAAAAGGAGACGACGAAUAUCUAAAGGUCAUUUAGCCGUUCUUUUUUCCCUUUUUUUUUUUUCUCCUCCCACUCGGUUUUUUAUUUCUUCCAUGUGUGUAUAGGACGAUUUCCAUUUAAGAGGCAUGUAAAAAUGAGCUUCGUAUGUUUGUCUGUUUAUAUUGCUUCCCUUUUUUUGUAUCCUUUGUAAUUGUACAUGGUGAGUUGUAAGCUAAGAGAGAGCGCGGUAGACGGAGAGAGUGAGUGCGUAGUGUCGGCGUGCCCGCCUCCUUCUCUCUCCUCUCUAUUUCCUCCCUGUAUGUAUUUCCAUUUAUUUGUUUCUUAUAUUUUUCUUUCUUAGCAAGUACUUUCAAAGAACUCUGUACAUUUUAACAUGAAACAAAAAUAAAUUAUGUUGAGCCGUUUUACUA